AGGAGUUUUUAUGUUUGUGUGAAUAUGAGCCUGAGAUCUCUGACUCUCUCAGUGUGCUGUGUGACGCUCAGCCUUCAACAUGUAUCUGCUGCUCGUGCUCGGAGUCGUGAUCGGUGUAGGUUAUAUUUUCCGGGAGAUCGUGGUGAAGGGGAAGAGAUGCACGAGCACGGUGAAGUUGCACGGGAAGACUGCGAUAGUGACAGGCAGUAACACGGGCAUUGGGAAGGAGACGGCCAUAGAUCUGGCUAAAAGAGGAGCUCGUGUGAUUCUGGCCUGUCGCAGCAGACAGAGGGGAGAGGCUGCACUGGAGGAUGUUAAGAGGGAGAGUGGCAGUAAUCAGGUGGUGUUCAUGCAGUUGGAUCUCGGGAGUCUUAAGUCUGUUCGCAGUUUUGCUGAAACUUUCCUGAAAUCUGAAUCCAGACUGGACCUCCUUAUUAACAAUGCAGGUAUUUUCAUGCAGGGUAAGACAGAGGAUGGAUUCGGGAUGAUGUUUGGUGUCAAUCACCUUGGUCACUUCCUGUUAACCAACCUGCUGCUGGAUCGUCUGAAGACGUCUCAGCCCAGCAGGGUGGUCAAUGUGUCGUCUUUGGCUCAUAACUUUGGGAAAAUCGACUUCGACUGCCUGAACACGCACAAAGCUCUGGGACAAGGGUCUUCGUUCUCAGAUGUUUUUAGGAUUUACUCCCAUAGCAAGCUGUGCAACGUCCUCUUCACCCACGAACUCGCCAAGAGGCUGAAAGGGACCCAGGUCACCUGCUAUGCCCUUCAUCCAGGAGCCAUCAACUCAGAGUUGGCAAGGAACACUAGCUCCAUUUUUCAGCUUUGUCUGAGGCCCUUCACUGCAUACUUCUUCAAGAACACGGUCCAGGGAGCCCAGACCACCCUGCACUGUGCUCUGCAGGAGGGACUCGAACCUCUGAGUGGACGCUACUUCUCCAACUGCACCGUGAGAAAUGUGUACGCUAAAGCCAAGGAUGACGCUGCAGCCAAGAAGCUGUGGGAGCUCAGCGAGAGGUUUUGUGGGCUUGCUUAAAAAGCCCUAAAUCCCUGACUUUAACACCAUUAAUGCAACACAUUAACAAUUUCAAAAAGUUUUUUGAAGCUCCCAAGUAUUCGUGAACAGGUGAGAUUAGGUGAGGCAAAGUUUUGCCAGUCCUUCACUGCCGCUCCUCUUUGCUAACAGAACAAAGGAAGAAGUCAGACCAAUCAUUCAGCUAAUAGAACGCAGUCUGUUUUUAUGGCACAAAUAAUAUAAUGACCAUAUUUGUAGCAUUUUAUAAGAGCUGUUGUAAAUGUAAAACAUUACCAGAUAAGGCCCAGCUUUUUCAAUGCAUUUUUUAUCUCUAGUUAUUCAUGACAAAUCAAUAAAAGAAUCAAUUUACUCUAGUGCAUGAUUUGUUUGUAUUUCAGAGGAUUGUGUGCUGCAUUUAAACAAUAAAACCUUUAUUAAUAAACUGGAUGACAUGA